AUGCUGUGCCCCACGCUCGCGCUGAGCGAGGCGCGGACGCUGUGCACAGACAUUGCGGCGCUCUAUGUAGGGUCCCGUGCAGAAUUGAGUUUGCCGGUCGACGAUGAAAGGCGGGGGGGGGUGCACUACGACGAGCUCGUGCGCGCACAGCUCGUGCUCACGCUGCCGGCCGUGCCGAGCAAGCUUCCUCCGCCAGAGGGGGGAGAGGGGAGCGCGUCGGUGCUCGCGCGCGACGGCGCAGGGCUGCCGCCGCUCUUGGUGACGUUACUGCGUUCGCUGCAGAUCUCGCUGCAUGGCGCGUACGCCGAAAGCGACGAGUCGCGCGCGCCGCUCUUUACGCGCCGAUGGCACGGCGGCGCGUCGAACGCCGACUUUGUCCUGCGCGACGACACGGAGCGGGGUCUGAGCGAGUCACGCACUCCGCUGACGGAUCCCUCGUAUACCAGCGGCGUCUCGUACGACGCCGACGCCAAGGCAUGGCGCGUGUAUUGGCUGAGUGACGUGUUUGUCGCCUAUCCCAACGGCGACCCGGGCAUUGAGCGCUUGCAUCUGCGCGCAGAUUUGCAGCUGCGCAUUGACCUCGCGCAGCUUGUGGCGUGCAUCGACGCGCCGCCGCCGCAGACGCCGUUUCACUUUACGUCGAGCGAAGUGCACACCAUGGUCACCUCUGCGGACCCGUACUUUGUCGACGUGGACCUGCUCGCGACGCUCACCGAGGGCGUCACCGUGCCGGACGAGACGGCAGAGCAGCGCCACGGGCACAUUGCGUCGAAAAUCGGGCUCCUUCCGCUGUCGGUACUCGUGCCGCGCGCUACGGGCGUCGAGGUCGUCGCGCCGUGGAGCCAGGCCGUGUCGCUGUCCCAGGGCCUUGCGCGUGCAAAAGACAUUGAAACGGCGGCGAUGGCUUCGGAUGCAGAUAUUGCCCUCGCUCCGCUUGCCACGACACUGGGGCGCUCCAAGGAGCGCUUGCGCCCAACGCUGGGGCGCCAGUCGUCCGUCCCGGCGCCGGGGAGCGACGACCGCGUCCUGGCGCAGGACGUCGCGACGGCGGCUGCAGCCGGCAUUGUCGUCGUCACGCGCCAUGCCGAGGCGUUUACCGACGUCCUCCCAACGCUCUAUGUCCGUAUGCGCGCACUGGGCCGUGCGCACGUCGUCGGCCAGGACGCCGGCGUGCCGACGCCGCCCCGCUCGCUCCUGCUCAGUGUCGAGCUGGAGAGCACCUUGCCGAGCUGUGCGUACAUUGUGCACGCGCUCGAUAUUACACUCGGCGAGCCGCUCGAGGCGGACGGCGCCGGGAGCGUCGCGAGCGAGCUCAUCACGCCGGUCAUAGAGGCCGUGCAGCGCGACGCGCCGACGUUUCCUAUCCGCAUCGAACCGCGGGCACAGCACAAUGUGCUGUACUCGGCGCGCCUCGAGGAGCUUCAAGGUGCGCCGGAUGCGCUUGCGCGCGCCCUUGCCCAGUGGUCGCCCCGCAGAAAGGCGCGCGUCUCCGUGCGCGGCACCCCGGCACGUACCGAGACCGCGGGCGAAGCAAGCACGUGUGCCUCGCAGUGGAACGGCACCAUCGAUCUGAGUGCCGUGCAGAUCGAGCAGCAGCGGCGUCUGCUUGCGACUGCGGCCGUGCUCGAUGCAACUGGCUACGACGGCCGGCACAGCGCGCCGCUCGUCGAGCAGCCCAAGCCACUCGUCGCAGGCGAUGCGCAGUACACGGCAAGCGCCCUCGCGCAGCAUGCGGUGCACGAGAAGGCCGGCCCUGCGCCGCCCCCAAAGGACCGAAAAAGGAGCAGCACGCGGGCCGCGAGUGUCCCCAGCCCCCUCUCGAUGUCGUACCUCGACGAAGCAAAACGGCGCGCGGAGCGCCCCGCGCCGUUUGCGGCGGCGCCUGCGCCGAGACACAGCGCCGAGCGCCACGCCUAUGCGUGGGGCCGUGGCGACCUCCACGCCGAGACACUGGACGGCGCGCUGCGCCGCAGCGAAGAGCGUGCGCCUGGCGCCGAGGACCGCACGCUCCUGGCCUCGAUCCAUGUCGUGCCAGAGCACCCCACGUCCGAGGCAAUGACCUCGGUGCCGUGCUGCAGCACGCUCACCAUCCAUGUCGAGCUGUUCAACGUUGCCGCGCGGCCGAUGGAGGCAAUCCUCUCGUGGGAUGCUGCCGAGGGCGACACGUCGUCGCUUGCGCCGAGCGCCCUCCUGGUGGACGUGAGUGAAGUGCAUGUGGGUCCGAUGGCUCCCGGCGCAACGGCCAGCGCGACACUCGGCCUGUGUGCCGUGACGCCCGGGCGCCACUCGCUCGGGGCGCUGCACGUCCGCGACGCGCAUACCGGCCUUUCGUGCGUCUUGCACAAUCUCGGAUCGGUGUAUGUACAGACAUAG